AUGCGAGGUCAUACAAUGCUUGGAUUGCUCACAACGCUGGCCCUUUGCUACCUUGUGAUCAUAAACAACACCAGGGGCACAGCUGCGUGCAUUGCCGUGGAGAGGAAUGCGCUGGCUUCAUUCAACGCCAGCAUCAUUGAUCCUGGUGGGAAGUUACACACAUGGCAAGGAGAAAACUGCUGCAGCUGGGGCGGUGUGAGCUGCAGCAAGAAGAACGGCCAUGUCGUCAGGCUGGACCUUGGUGGUUACUCUCUCAAAGGCGAGAUCAGUCCAUCUUUGGCCGGCUUGACCAGAUUGGUCCACCUCAACCUUAGCCAUGGUGACUUUGGCGCCGUGCCCAUCCCGGAAUUCAUAGGCUCUUUCAAGAUGUUGAGGUAUCUUGAUCUGUCGCAUGCCGGUUUUGGCGGAACGGCUCCUCCUCAACUUGGUAAUUUGUCCAGACUCAGCUACCUUGAUCUGGGUUCAUUCGGAGGACCUGGGAUCAUUGUGGAUAAUUUUCAUUGGGUUUCCAAGCUGAAUUCCCUGAGGUAUCUGGACCUCAGUUGGUCCUAUCUCGCUGCUUCCGUGGAUUGGCUGCAAGCAGUGAACAUGCUCCCGUCACUCCAAGUGCUUCGCCUGAAUGAUGCUAGUCUUCCUGCCACCGACCUCACUUCUCUUUUUCAGGUCAACUUCACUUCCCUUAAGCUACUUAAUCUGAAGAGUAACGAUCUGAAUUCUUCCUUGCCGAAUUGGAUUGGCGAGCUAUCUGCCCUCUCAGAGUUGGACAUGACAAGCUGUGGGCUUUCAGGCAUGAUUCCUGAUGACCUUGGCAAACUGACUUCACUUACGUUCAUAGGGCUUGGGGACAACAAGUUGACUGGAGCAAUACCAACAUCAGCAAGUAGGUUGUGCAACUUGGUUCAAAUCAGUUUGUCCGGGAACCUCUUGUCAGGAGAUAUUGCAGAAGCAGCCAAGAGUCUAUUUCCCUGUAUGAAGCGAUUGCAGAUCCUUGAACUUGCUGGUAAUAACUUAACCGGAAGCCUAUCUGAUUGGCUCAAGGGCAUGUCAGGUUUAAGAGUCCUUGAUCUCAGUGGGAACUCACUGUCUGGAGUUGUGCCACACAGUAUUGGUAACCUAUCAAGCUUGAUAAAAUUGGAUAUUUCCUUCAAUAAACUUAAAGGCACACUAUCGGAAAUACACUUUGCCAAUUUAUCAAGAUUGGAUACUUUAGAUUUAGCAUCAAAUUGGUUCAGGAUUGUAGUCAAACAAAGCUGGGUGCCACCUUUUCAGCUCAUAAAUCUUGGACUGCAUCAUUGCCCUGUAGGACCAGAGUUUCCAUCUUGGCUGCAGUCACAAACUAGAAUCGAGACGAUUGAUCUAGGCAACACAGGCAUCAGGGGUGCGUUACCUGACUGGAUCUGGAACUUCUCUUCCUCAAUGACUAGCUUAGAUGUCUCAACAAACAAAAUAACUGGCAAGUUGCCUGCAAGCUUGGAGCAAUCGAAAAUGCUGAAAACUCUGAACAUGAGGAGUAAUAAACUUGAGGGAAACAUUCCAGAUUUGCCGUUUAGUGUCCAGGUGUUGGAUCUAUCUGCCAACAACUUAUCAGGAUCAUUGCCACAAAGCUUUCAAGACAAAGAAUUGCAUUACCUAUCCCUGUCAGAAAAUUUCAUUAGUGGAGUAAUCCCAGCAGAAUUUUGCAAAAUGAAAUCAAUGGAACUGAUUGACCUAUCGAAAAAUAAUCUUUACGGAGAGCUACCAAAUUGUUGGCACCAGGAAUCGAAACUGUAUGUCAUAGACUUUUCAAGCAAUAACUUGUGGGGAGAAAUACCAUCCACCAUAGGUUAUCUAAGUUCCCUUAUGUCACUGCAUCUCAGCAAAAACAACUUAUCUGGAAUAUUGCCCACCUCAUUACAGUCAUGUCAAACGUUGGUGUUCCUUGAUCUCGCAGAAAAUAAUUUGUCAGGAAACAUACCAAGAUGGAUAGGUGACAGUCUGAAAUCUUUAAUACUUGUGAGUUUAGGGUUCAACCAGUUUUCUGGUGAAAUACCUGAAGAAUUGUCCCAACUUCCUGCUCUGCAGUACUUGGAUCUUUCUAACAACAAACUCUCUGGCCCCAUACCACGUUUCCUGGGAAAGUUAACAGCUUUUUACUUGGUCAAUCAAGAAGCUUUGUGUUUGGCCAAUCAAAACAAAUUGCCUGUCCUUCAGUUCAAGGUUUAUGGUAUUGGGGAUGCUUACUUUUCCAUGUACUUGGAUUCCGUGGAGGCAACGUGGAAAGGUCGAAGACUUCAUUUUGAGGGAAUAUUGUGCGUUCUUACUGGCAUUGAUCUCUCAGGAAACCUAUUAACUGGUGAGAUUCCAAGUGGAAUAGGAUUUCUAUCUGGAAUACGUUUUCUGAAUCUAUCAAGGAACCAUAUUGAAGGAAGUAUUCCUAGUGAACUGGGGAAUAUGACCAUAAUGGAGUCACUCGAUCUUUCAUGGAAUGGUCUAUUAGGUCCAGUUCCUCACAGCUUGAUGUCACUAGCUUUUGUGUCCAUCAUGGAUUUUUCCUACAAUGAUCUCUCAGGAGAGAUACCGUCAGGACCAGUAUUGUCAACUUUGAGGUCUGAUUGGUUCUUGGGAAACAAAAAUCUCUGCGGGUUUCCACUUAACAGAAUUUGUGUACCCGAGAGUAACAAAUACCGGCAUCUUAAACUUCUACUCAGAUUCGACACACUGACUUGUCUGUUUACCCUGCUCGGAUUUGCAUUCGGAAUCUCUACUGUUUUCACAACCUUCAUAUGUAGCGCGGUCGCGAGGAAGGCUUACUUUCAGUUCACCGACAAGGUACUCGGCAAGCUACGGACUACAGUUGAGAUGAAGCUUGGCAUCAACAGGAUGAUCCCAGCAAGAAGAGACCCCUCCAUGGCAACACGGAUUCAGGACUCCAUCACUUGCUACGAGCUGGGACAACCUUCCACUGCUAUUAUGUAA